CCUGCAUAACAUUCUCUAUGGCACUACGGCCUAAUCGUGCGUCGGCGCGUCGCUCACUCGGUGCCACACGAAUAAAUGCACGUCUUGUUAGUUGUCAGUCUUUGUUGCAGAAAUUCGUUACGAUAUUCCUCGCGAUCACUCGCGUCUCGCAUAUUAUAAUUCCGACUUGGGUUGUGACCAUUGGGUUCUCUUCGGCUUUGAUGAUCGACAACCGUCGAACCACAAGCAAUACGAACGUCGUACGAUGACUCAAUAUCUGCCACACAACUUGUUGACGCUUUUCGCGCCAAGGGACCCAAUCCCUUACCUACCACCGGUUUCCAAACUGUCGCACGAGAAGAAGAACCGUGGCUAUUCCGGCGUCGGGAGUUUUAUGGAUUUGUUCGAAGACCCAAAAGACACACCUCCUCCGACAACAAUCGAAACUAAAGAAGAUAAACUAGAGCGCCGUCGUCGCGAGAAGGCCGAACAGGUGGCGUACAAGUUAGAACAAGAAAUCGCUGCAUGGAAUCCACAUUCAGAUGCAAAUGCUGUUACAGAUCCAUUCAAAACAUUAUUUGUUGCUAGAAUUAAUUAUGAUACAUCCGAAUCAAAAUUACGAAGAGAAUUUGAACUUUACGGUCUUAUAAAAAAGAUUGUUGUCACACGUAAUAAGAUUGAUGGUAAACCAAGAGGGUAUGCUUUUAUUGAGUACGAAAAUGAACGUGAUAUGUAUUCUGCAUAUAAAUAUGCUGAUGGAAAAAAAAUUGAUGGACGCAGAGUGUUGGUGGAUGUUGAAAGAGCACGCACAGUCAAAGGAUGGCUUCCUAGAAGAUUAGGAGGUGGAUUAGGAGGUACAAGACGAGGUGGACCAGAAGUCAAUUUGAUACAUUCAGGAAGGGAAGAUAAUGAACGAGAAAGGGAAAGGUAUGCUCGUAAAAUGCUUAUUAGUUAUUCCAGAACUACUGAAAGAAACAGAGAACGUGAUUAUUAUGAUCGAGAUGGAGAUCGUGAACGUGAACCAAGACGUCCUCGUAGUAGAGAUCAUGAAAGGAAACAUCAUUGUUCUAAGUCAGGUUCACGCAAACUUCAUAUAUGUCGUAGCAGAGACCGUGGUCCCAGGGAUGUAGAGUAUGAUGAAGUUGAAGAGGUUCUCGGUUCCAAACCUAGAGAUAAGGAUCCUGAUCGUAAAAGAAAAAGAAAGCGGAGUCAUUCUAGGGACUGUGAACGUAGGAAAAAUCGCAAAGAAAGAGAUCAUUAUCGCCGAGACAAGAGUAAAGAUCGCUGUGAAAAAUACGAUAAAAACAAUUCUGAACGUGAUGACAAAAUACAUAUUAAAGAAGAACCUGUUGAUGAAUAUGACGAAUACUAUGACGAGUAUGAUAAUUACAACAGUCUUCAUGAUGAAUAUGAUCCAGAUAAGGUUAAAAAAGAAGAACCUGUUGAAGAAAAUUAUUGAAGUCUUCUACUAUAUUGUGUAUUUUUAACACUUGUAAAAUUAUAAAACUUAAGA